AUGCUAUUUUUCGUUUUUGAUUAUAUAUAUAUAUAUAUAUAUAUAUACUUUCUUCUUUACUUUCUUCUUCUAUCUUUCUUCUUCUUUCUUCUUCUUUACUUCCUUUUUUACUUUCCUCUUCUUUCUUUCUUUUACUUCCUUUUUCUUCUUUACUUUCUUCUUCCUUAUUUCUUCUUUUUUACUUCCUUCUUUUCUUCUUCCUACUUUCUUCUUCUUUUCUUUCUUCUUCUUACUUUCUCCUCCUCUACUUUUUCUUUUUUCUUCUUUAUUUUCUUCUUCUUUCUUUCGUCUUCUUUUUCUUCUUUAUUUCCUUUUUUUCUUUCAUUCUUCUUCUUUACUCCUUGUCGAUCAUUAUUUUCUUCUACAGUGUCAUCUUUGCUAUCUGCUUCAACAUUUCUUUGCGUCUUCAUCUUCAUCCUUCUUCUUUUUUUCUUUCUUCUUCUUUAUUGUUAUUGUUAUUCGUAA